CUUGCCGAACAAUGCAAGCAAUUCGCAUGUGAUCUUAUCAGUCAGUGCCGGAGUAGCGAAGAGGUGAUAGCAGUACUGAAUAAGGAUUACAACACUCACGAUGAAAAUGUCGACGUAUGGGCAUCGAAGCUUAGUUUAUCGCGUCUGAAGUUAGCCAUCAAGUACGAGCAGAAAGCCAACUAG